GGGCCGCGUGGUCCUAAGGCUGACUUCACUGAGGGGGUUCACGUGCCGUCACGGGUGCCUUCCAGCUUGGAGAGUUCCCCGGUCACGUGGUUACGUCAGUUUCUCCUGGUGACAUAAUGGGAAGGAGAGCUUCUAGAAAGUUCCCCCUGCAGCCCUCCCCGCCCCCCAGCCUUUUCCAGCACCCCUUCCCUCGCCUGGUGUCUGCCUUCCUGUCCUCACGCCAGGUAGCCUGGUGCGUUACCUGUGAGCACCAUUCCCCACGCCCUCCUGUGGGGCCGCGUGGCCCCUGCAUGCUCAGGACGGCUGGCACAGCCACUAUGCACCAGAUCUGGCCUGCGUGGACCUCCCAGCGGUCACCCCUGGCUUGUGCACCAGCGCAUGUGUUGGCCAUCCACAUCAGCGUGCUGGAGCGUGGAGAGGGCUCGGCUUGGAGUCCACCGUGGGAGAAGCUCCCUCGCAGCCCUGCUCUGCCUGGCGCACCAAGGACCGCUCCCUGGGGCUGUGUGAGCAGGGUCCUGUUAGGACAGGCUCUGUGCAGGAGCUCCCUCCUCGUGAAGGUGGUAGCCGUGGGUCCGGCGGUCAGGCUCGUCUGCUCGGAAGAGACCUUGCGGAGCCGUCAGGGAGCUGAUGACAGUGGUGCCACCUGCCUCUCCCCUCCCGGGAUGCCAUCCCUGGAGCGGCACCCCACAUGGGGCUUGUGCUGCAUCGCGUCUGUCCUCGCAGCCAAAGUGCUCCAUGGCGUUGAGGUCACCGUGGGCCACGAGCAAGAGGAAGGUGGCAGGUGGCCGUAUGCGGGGACCGCGGAAGCCAUCAAAGCCCUGGGCGCCAAGCAUUGUGUGAAGGAAGUGACCGAAGCCCACGUGGACAAGAAAAACAAGGUGGUCACGACCCCGGCCUUCAUGUGCGAGACGGAGCUUCACCACGUGCACGACGGCAUCGGGGCCAUGGUGAAGAAGGUGCUGGAACUCUGCGCCAAGUGACGCGGCCGCAGCCCUGCCUCCUCCAGCAGGGGGAGCUGCUGGCCUGUUUUCCUCCGCUGCUCGCUUGCUUGGGGCAGGAAUUCGCUGUCCUGUUUGUAGCUCUGUCCGUAGCUAUGUCCCGCCUGAAGAGGCGUCCUUGAGGUGGGGCUGGAUCGGGGUGCACGCUCUGUCCCCGUGGCAGAGGCUGGACUCUUGUGUGACCCGAGAUCGAAGUGGGGCCUGCUUUUCCAGGAAGAGAAUCGGGACUGACGUCACCCUGCUCUCACAUUUGACCGGCUUAGGGUACUUGGUGUUGGGGGAAGAGUUUCUGUAAGUUCACGAACUAGUCAUUAGGAAAUCCACCUGUCACUGAUCGAUAAUUGGAAGCUAUCUAAUCUGUAAUAAAUAUGCACUAAAAUGACGAGGGGGCUGCAUUUGAGGCAGAGAGGACGACCUGCGUGCGGCGCCUUCUGAAGCUGGCACGUGAGGGGCGCUAGCGAGGGUUCCUGCCCUCCAGGAAGGAGAGGUCACGGAGGCCCCGCAGGGUGGCCCCAGGCCACGAGCAGCGGCCCACCUGAGGUGUACGAAGAAGGACCAAUAAAGUGUCUGGCAGCACCACCA